UUCAAUUUGAAUUUAAAAAUAAAUUACUCGUUCACAAAAUGAUCCUCCGGAUCAAAAUAAAUCCCGUGGUUAUAUCUGACUCGGAUAAUAUUUUGAUAUAGCCGAAGCAAAAUUUUUCCUAAGAGUAAAUAAAUACUGUAUACAUAUUUAACUUAUCAUGGUGGAGUAUCAAACUAUCCAUUGCAUGCCCUAAGGAUAAAGUCAAUCCUUUGUUGAAUUAUUCAGUAGUAUAAUAGAGACAAACAUGAAUUUGGCUGAGUGGCAAUACAUCAGUGGCUUUUCAUGAAAAUUACAGGGAAUUGUGUAUUUACGUAAGAGUAAUUAGAAUAGUACAUAUGCAGAUAAUUCAAUAUUUAACCAAACUCAACAAUACCUAUAGGAUUAUCCUAGAAUAUGUAGAUAAACAAAUUAUUAAUAAUUUUCGAAUGCAGGCAUUAACGUAAAAAUGUCAAUAACCCUUUAAAUAAAUAUCGAAUUUCAUAUCAAUUCCUCCAACAAAGAAAACAACAAUAGAAUCGUUACAUUCAGCAAUUCUGUUGUGAUAUCGUUGUGAUAUCCUCCCACCCCACCGUAUGAACAUCGACGAUUUUCCGCGACGUAUCUGAAAUUGCAAUCUCGCAAAUUUAACAGGAACUAUGCGGAGUCUGGUAAAAAGGAAGUACGGCGAAAGUUCAAUAAAAGUAAUCAAACUCGUCGCUGGCAUCCUGCAAUCGGAGCCGCUGCUUACUUCUCGUGGGUGGUCUUGCGCAAAAUAAAAAUAUUUUCACUUGAUUGUGUCGUGUUUUCGAAUUAAAAAUUUCAACUUUUGCGUGUCUUCUCCUAAACGUAUAUAAAUUAUAUUCGUAAUUGUCACCAUAAUCUCAACAUCAGUCAUGCUUUGUAUAGCAAGUAAUUUACACUUAUUAAGCGUAUCUUCGAAGAAUCAUCGCAGGCAAAAGAAACGAAAUUAGUUCUAAUUCGAGCUCAUUUUACGUAACGAAACACCCGUUGAACGAGCACAAACAACGUUCCCAGCGACACAAUAGACGUAACAAGUCUGAAAACACAUCAUUACCAGAGCACUUUCACUGAAACUUCGGAAUUACUGAAACACAUCGAGUAUAUAAAACAAUAUCGGGAACGACGCCAAGUUCACAAUUUCCAAAAUGCUCCUCGGGUUCGCGUUCGCGCUCCUCCAGGCCAUCCUUCCCGUUUUGUGCACCAAUAACGCGUCCAUCGACGACACCUUCAGACAAUGCUUGUUGUCCCAAAUGCCGGCUAACUUGGGACAUUGUUUGGGCGUCGGUGCUAUUGAUAGAUUACAAAGUUUGGACAAUAGCCCGGAAUUCGAACUUGUCGACGGUUUGAUGCUGACAAGAGACGUGCAAGAAUUCAGGGACGCCUAUAAUUUUCAGGACAGGGAUCCUUCGAACUUAAGAGGCAUAUUUGAUAGUAUGAACUACGUGUUUUCAAAAAGAAACUUAAAAUGGAACAUGGGAUUCAUAUAUCCCGGUCUUGCGAUGCACGUAGCUCCAUCUGGUCAACCUGGCGGGACCUUGGAGUUUGUUCUUGACCCUCACCGAGAAGCGAUCAAUGUACAUUCACUGAAAGAAGCAGGAACUGGAAGACUUUUAGCAAGGCAAUUCCUGCUACCCAUGCUUUUAGGCUUCAAAUUCAACGUAAUAAGCCUCGUUCCCAUCUUGUUCGGAGUGCUUGCUUUGAUAGCAAAGAAAGCUGUUGUAUUGAGCAAACUAGCUCUGGUUGUUUCUAGUGCGUUUGCGUUGGGUUCUCUGCUAUUUGGUUAUAGUCAAAACUACCCAAGUCAACAUUAUGGUAACGGGCAUUAUGGGCAAUAUGGUCACAUUGGACACGGAGGCCAUCACGGAAUACACGGGGGAAUCCACGGGGGUCAUUUUGGACAUGCCGGGCACGGAGUUCAUGGAUUCAAGUAUUCGGCAGAGGAAGAUGAUUAUUCCGAUUCUAUACUUAGAGAAACCAACGGGAGGGACCAACUUAAUGUCUAUCCUAAUGUAGUUGAAUCUAUUGGAAACGCAGAACGAUUGCAACAGAAGAAAGGAAGAAAUUUCGCAUGGAGUGAAAAUGAGACAAAUAAAAAUGUCAAACCGACUUAAAUUUGUUUAGCAGUUAAUUUUAUUAGUAGAAUGAUUUAGAAUCGCGCCGAAAAUAUACUAAAUUAGUAUAAGUUUAAAUACAUUACAUUAUUGUAUCUCUACAGUGAGAUAUUUAAAAGUGAGUUGGGUAAUUAUAGAAAAUCAAGAAGAAUUGUUUUAAAUAAUAAUGAGCAGGUAUAUUAAGUAGAAUAUUCAAAUUGAAAUAGUAUAUUGUUCAUUUUACGCAUUUUAAUUUGAACUUAAAUGAUGUCUAUUCGCAAUUCGUGGGUAAUUAUUAAAACUCUUAAAGCGUUCACUUUCAUACGAACGAGAUCUAGA